AUGUCAUCGGAGGAGGAUGUCGUUUGUGCGCUUGCGUUGUUGUAUGCGUACAAAAAUCAUACAAAAGCGCGGAAAAAAAAAUGGUGGGUUCGCCCAAGUUUGCAGAGCAGAAAAGUUGCUAAUGGAUCAAAAUUAUUAAACGAAUUAAGAGAAGAUGAUGAAUUAAAUUUUGAAUUACGAGGUUCAUUUCAUAAUUUUUUAAGAAUGUCAAGUUCAGAUUUUGAAUACAUAUUGUGCAAAAUAGAGCCAAUAAUAAAAAAAUCUGAUACUUUUAUGAGGCAAGCUAUACCAGUGCAAGAAAGGCUCGCAGUUACGCUAAGAUUUUUAGCUACCGGUGACUCAUAUAUGAGCUUAUCAUAUUUAUUUAAAAUAUCUAAACAGUCAAUUUCAGAAAUUGUUCCCGAAGUUUGUACUGCUAUCAUUGAUGUACUGAAAGAAUUUAUUAAAAGACCGAAUACUGUCGAAGAAUGGCUUGAUAUUGCCAACGGUUUUGAAACGAGAUGGAAUGUACCAAAUUGUAUCGGCUCAUGGGAUGGCAAGCACAUAGCAUUACAAUCACCGAUGAAUAGUGGAACAGAAUAUUAUAAUUAUAAAGGUUUUUUUAGUAUUGUUUUGAUGGCUGCAUCCGAUUCUAAUUAUAAUGUAAUAUGGGCUAAUGUUGGUAGUCAGGGACGUAUUUCUGAUGGUGGUGUUUUUGACAAUAUGAAAUUCAAAAACUUAAUGAUAUCUGGUCAACUUAAACUUCCUGAUUCUCGACCUUUGAGAGGAAGGAGUAAUCCGAUUCCGUAUGUAUUCAUUGCAGAUGAUGCGUUUCCCAUAUCACACAAUAUUAUGAAACCCUACUCAGGCCACCACGAAAAAGGUUCAAAAGAAAGAAUAUGUAACUACAGAUUUAGCCGGGGUAGAAGAGUCGUGGAAAAUUUAUUUGGUAUAUUGGCUUCAGUUUUUAGAAUAUUUCGUAAACCGAUGUUAGUUGAACCAAACAAAGCAGAAAUAAUUACUUUAGCGUGCUUACAUCUACAUAACUAUUUAAGAAAAAGUUCUUCUUCAAAACAGUCGUACUGGCAAACUGGUACAGUUGAUUUUGAAAAUAUUGAUACAGGAGAAAUAACACCAGGAACAUGGAGAAGUGAUCAAGUAGGAUUAAAUAGUUUUAUGGGGUUAGAUAGGGUAGGACGCAGACAAACUAUUGAAGCGCAUAAGAUCAGGGAAGAAUUUAAAGAGUAUUUUAAUUCAAAUGAAGGACGAGUUCCGUGGCAAGAUUUAUGUGCAUAA